ACUUUACGCUGCGUUGACGGAGGAAGAGGGCGAGAUCGAGAGAGAUAGGGAGAGAGAUGGAGGCCCUGGCAGUGCUUGGCGGAGUUGCUUCAACCUCAUCCUCUCUUGGACGCUCCACAACAAAGACGUCCUGCAACUCCUACUUCACCCAGAAGCCUAUCUCACGCGCCUGCCAUAAGCCACACCUCUCAGCGUUUCCUUCAAAUUCUCAUCUUUUUUCUCAUUACCCUUCCCGCUCCAAUGUCAAAACUCUCACCCGUCGAAGCUCCACUAAACCCGGCAUCUUCCUUCCCCACCUAAUUGCUUCCCUGGAACAAGUUGAAGAAACUUACAUAAUGGUGAAGCCAGAUGGUGUCCAACGUGGCUUCGUUGGAGAAAUUAUUUCGAGGUUUGAAAAGAAAGGGUUUAAAUUAAAAGGCUUGAAGCUCUUCCAAUGCUCAAAAGAAUUAGCAGAGGAACAUUACAAGGACCUAAAAGCGAAGCCGUUUUUCCCUAAGCUAGUAGACUAUAUCACUUCAGGUCCUGUUGUGUGUAUGGCUUGGGAGGGUGUAGGAGUUGUGGCCUCAGCACGUAAGCUUAUAGGGUCUACGGAUCCUCUUCAAGCUGAACCUGGCACAAUAAGAGGGGAUCUUGCUGUUCAGACAGGAAGGAAUAUUAUACAUGGUAGCGACAGCCCUGAGAAUGGCAAGCGUGAAAUAGCUCUAUGGUUCAAAGAAGGCGGGUUGGUAGAGUGGACUUCUGCCCAAGCACCAUGGCUGAGAGAGUAAAUCAUUUCCAUCGCCCGAUAACUGAGAUACCUACAGUCUUGAAGAGCAAUAAUUUGAUAAAUUUUUUGUUCCCCAAAAUAAGCCAGUACAUUGGCAUUGCGGAUUUAAUCUUUCCAUUUGAGACGUGUUGUAAGAUUUCACAAUUUUUUUAAAGUUCAUGUUAAGUUUGCGACCAA